UCUAUCUGUUCUCCAGUUUCGUGCGUUUCUCAACAAUGCGUAGAGGGGAGGAGCCUCUUGCUUGGCAGGCUUUUCACCCCCCACCCUCUACAUCCUUCCUCUGCUUUCAUCCUCAACUUUUUCUUCUUGACACCCCACUUGUUUGCUUUGGAUUGGAUAUGCCGUUUGUGCCCGUUCUUUUCAUUUUAAAGUGGGCUGAACUGAACUGGACGGAACGGAAGGUGACCCAUAGCGCAGUUCGACUACUAUUUGACGUACUGCGAUUGGUUGACAUGGAGCUAUCCAUCUUAACCUAGCGAUCGAACUGAAUCCACACUCAAUUUUUCAAAUCUGUGUGGGAGUGUGUGUGCUCGCGUGCUCUCAUGUGGAAAGAAACCCAAAGGCACGCGAGCAACAAUUAUAAAAGUUUCAAAAUUGCAUUGCACGCAACAAAGGAAUGAAAGCCAUCCACCUCCAAACACGGAGAGCAACCAAGGAUAAAGCAGCACACUCCCCCUCGCCUACUCUUCUUUUUUUCUUUUCCAAUGGCUUCUACCCCACCAUAUUUCCCUAUUUCCUUCGUUGUAGUCAAAUCGGAUCAUGCACCAGCGGAUGCUAAGCUUGACCUACAUACCCUACCUCUCCAGAAAAGUGAAUUAACGUCAACCCAGAACCCAUCAUCCCCCGAAACCCCAACCUGGACCCUCACCACGACUCAAUCAAUACUCCCCUCUCCCCUUCUACAACCCCACAAACAUGUAGAUA